AUUAUUGAAGAAAAUGAUAUUGUCAAUUUCUCUGUGGUUAUUGGUGGCAGUAUUGAUUCUUUGGAUACUGUUGGACCCAGUAAGCAGAAUAUCUCGUGCAAUAUUUGAAGUACUAAUUCCAUUGGUAAAUCAAAAACCAAUUGAUUUGAAAAAUAAAUUUGGCGAAUGGGCAGUGGUGACUGGCUCGACUGAUGGGAUUGGUAAAGCUUAUGCGAAAGAACUUGCCAAUCGUGGAUUCAAUUUAGUUCUUAUUAGUCGUAAUGCUGAAAGACUGGAAAAAACUAAAAGUGAAAUGUUAACAAUAAGUCCAAACAUACAAAUUAAAUUAAUUUCAGCAGACUUUUCUAAAGGAAGAGACGUUAGUGUUGAAAUAGAACCACAUUUGAGAGAUAUACCUGUUGGAAUUUUAGUCAAUAAUGUCGGAAAACAGUAUACAUACCCAAUGUAUGUGGGGGAAGUCCCGGAAGAUGAACUUUGGGACAUAAUAAAUGUGAAUAUUGGUGCUGCUACUUUAAUGACACGUAUAGUAAUACCAGGUAUGCAAAAAAGACAAAGAGGAGCAAUCGUCAACGUAUCAUCAGGGUCAGAAUUGCAGCCUCUGCCGCUAAUGACUGUUUAUGCCGCGACUAAAGUAUAUUUAAGAAGUUUCUCUGAAGCUCUAAGAGUCGAGUACAAUAAAUUCGGUAUUACGGUCCAGCAUUUAACGCCACUAUUUGUUAACACUAAAAUGAAUGCUUUUUCUCAUCGAUUGCAGGUAUCUACAGUCGCGGUACCGGAUGCAACAACUUACGCAAAGAAUGCUGUUGCAACUCUUGGAAAGAUCGACAGCAGUACGGGUUAUUGGGCUCACGGUAUACAAGCUUUUUUCACAUUGAUACCUCCUGUAUGGAUACGGACCAAAAUUGGUGAAAUGAUGAAUCAAACAUUCAGAAAGGAUUAUUUAAAGCAAAAAAAUCUUUGAACAAUGUAAAUAUACAUAUAUAAUUUAUAAUUUAUAA